AUGCAUCUCGGCAAGAGAAGCUAUAUACUCCCCUUCACUCUUCUCUCCUCUAUCACCCCAUCACAUGCCUAUAACACGUCUUUACCUAUAGUAGAUCUGGGAUAUGAGCUUCACCAGGCAUUUACUCUCGAUCAAUCAACCCAAGCCUACAACUUCAGCAACAUCCGCUACGCCGCACCGCCGACAACCACUCGGCGCUUUCGUCCACCACUUCCUCCAUCAGUCAACAGAACCGGGAUUCAAACCGGCUCCGUUGGACGCGUCUGUCCCCAAGGGAUACCUAUAUGGUCGGCAGAUAUCUUGGUCCCCUUCGUCGAAAGCGUUCUGCUUGGCACGCCAUUCAACGGGUCCGAUGAUGUGAGCGAUUAUCCGAUUGCUUGGCCACCCGCAGAUUCAAGGAUAACGGAAGAUUGUCUGUUUCUGGAUGUGGUCGUGCCAAAAAGUGUUUUUGAGAAGCCAUCCGCAACUGCGCCGGUGCUGGUUUGGUUCGAUGGUGGAGGGUUUGCUUAUGGCGACAAGACGGAGGUGCUGCCAACGGGGCUUUUCGAGAGGGGAUUAGAGACUGGGGAGGAUUUUGUGUAUGUUGCGGUGAACUAUCGGCUGGGAGCAUUUGGCUGGUUGUCUGAUGGCGAGGGUAUGGGCAAUGCUGGGCUUCAUGAUCAACGGUUGGCGCUGGAGUGGGUGAAGGAGUACAUUAGCCUGUUUGGCGGUAAUCCGAAUCGAGUGACUGUCAUGGGUGAGUCUGCGGGAGGUGGAUCUAUCGUCCAUCAAUUGGCAGCGUAUGGGGGCAAUGACAACAGGGGUCAGGGAGACCUGCCUUUUCAGCAGGCUAUCAUCCAAAGUCCAGGGUGGUAUACCCAAUCGGUCGAACAGCAAAAGUCGAGCCUACGCGACUUCCUGGAGUUACUGAACGUGACCUCUGUUGAAGAAGCACGUCAACUCCCGUCAGAUCAGUUGAUCACUGCGAACGCCUACCAAAUCGCCACCACAUCGAUAUAUGGAACGUUCACAUAUGGGCCAGUCGUCGACAACAGCUUCAUAACGGAUCUUCCAAGCCGGCUUCUGCUAGAUCCUAAUUUCAAAUGGAAGAACGUCCGCGUGAUGACCAGCCACGCAACCAACGAAGGGCUGACUUUCACCCCACCAGUCGGCGUGAACAGCUCUGCCUUCCAAUCCAUUAUCCAGACUUAUGUCCCAGGUCUAGCGCCCGAAACUGUGGAUCGUAUCGCCCAAGAUUGGUAUCCCCCCGUCUACAACGCUUCAUCAUCAGAGACACUGGGAUAUAGCAGUCCCCUAGAGCGAACAUCUACUUUGAUGAGCGAUGCAUUCUUCCAAUGCAAGAACCUCUACCUCGAUACAGUGUUCGACACCUCAUAUGCGUCGGUAUUCAGCGUGCCACCGGGGUUGCAUGCCCAAGAUGUGGCCUUCAAUUUCUACGACCAUUCCCAGCCAGACGCGGAACUGGGUAUAUUCAACGAGAGCCUCGCGUUAACAAUGCAGGAUUAUCUCCUUACAUUCGUGAGGCAAGGCUUUCCCAGUUCAACUGAAAUCAAUACCACUGACUGGGAGCAAUACGCGAAAGAUGGGCUCGUGAUGAACCUGGGAUUGCAAGAUAUUGCGAUAACUUCCGAUCCUUUAAACUCGGAUCGGUGUCGGUUCUGGUGGAACAUUACUGGAUGA